AUGGCGGAACAAACGCUCAACAUACCGCAAAUCAUCGUCUUCAUCGCCGUCACCGUCCUGAUUGUGCGAUGGUUCCUCAAGCCCUCGGGUGCAGGCCAACCCUCGUCCGCCAGCAACCGCGCCGCACGACUCAACCCCGCGCAAAUCGACCACCUCGUGCAGAUGUUCCCGCAGCUCGACCGACGCACUGUCGCCUGGAACCUGAACAGGACGGGUGGAAAUGCGCAGGCGAUUACCGAGACGCUUCUUGCGGGGGGAACGUUGCAGCAGCCUCCGACGUCCUUCCAGAUCCCGCCCUCGAGAACCGCUACACCCUCCGCCGGCCAGCGCCAAGCACCCCGCCAGCCCGCGAAGCCCGCGCAGCCAGACCUCAUCACCCGCUACAACCUCGCUUCUAAGCUCGGGCAAGCCGCCGAGUCGAGUGCGGUGGAGACGCCCAAGGGGAAGGCGUGGUCGCAGGAUAAGAAUGAGCGGCAGGCAAAUCUGCAGCGGAGGAGAGAAGAGAUGAUUCUUGCUGCGCGGCGGAAACUGGAGGAGAAGGCAAAGGCAGAGCAGAAGUCGGCAUGA